AUGUUUCCCACUUCUUUUGCCAGACCUUCGUUUAUUAUCUCUGGAAAGUCUGUUCGUAACAGUCUUCUUACCAGUAACUUGCUUGCUCGGUUGACGCGUCUCUCCAUGGAAAGCAAACGACCAAGUUCUGAUUUGGCUGCUUUUCGGGAGAUCUUUAGUAAGGCCAAAAAUAUUGUGGUGCUAACUGGAGCAGGUAUCAGUGCUGAGAGUGGAGUGCCAACGUUUAGGGGGCCUGGCGGAUUUUGGAGAAAAUGGCAAGCCCAGGAUCUUGCUAGUCCAACUGCUUUUCGGACCAAUCCAUCCCUAGUCUGGGAAUUUUAUCAUUACAGGCGAGAACUGAUGGGUAGCAAAGAGCCAAAUAAGGCCCAUUAUGCCAUUGCUGAAUGUGAGAAGCGACUUGAAAAACAAGGACGUAAUGUUUCAAUUGUUACACAAAAUAUAGACGGACUCCACUACCGAGCUGGAUCCUCCCGCAUUACAGAACUCCAUGGAAACCUUUUCAAAACCCGAUGUACAAAAUGUGGAGAAGUUGCUCAAGCAAAGGUUGCCCUAAUCCAGAAACCAAAAGAUGCUGCAAUUCCUGUUGAGCUUCUUCCAAGGUGCAAAAAAGAUUCCUGUAAAGGUCUGCUACGUCCUCAUGUUGUUUGGUUCGGUGAAUCACUUGAUCCUGUUGUCUUGAUGAAAACUGAAGAAAUUCUUGAAAAAUGUGACCUUUGCCUUGUGGUUGGUACAUCAUCUAUUGUCUACCCAGCUGCUAUGUAUGCUCCUAUGGUAGCAAGACAAGACAUCAUCACUAUAAUCAUUUUCUCUCCACAUCUCUCACUCUUUCUCUCUCUUUCUCUCUCUCUCUCUCUCUUUCAUUAUAGACAUCAUCACUAUAAUAAUUUUCUCUCCACAUCUCUCACUCUUUCUCUCUCUCUCUUUCAUUAUAGACAUCACUAUAAUCAUUUUCUCUCCACAUCUCUCUCUCUCUCUCUCUCUCUCUUUCAUUAUAGACAUCAUCACUAUAAUCAUUUUCUCUCCACAUCUCUCACUCUUUCUCUCUCUUUCAUUAUAGACAUCAUCACUAUAAUCAUUUUCUCUCCACAUCUCUCCUCUUUCUCUCUCUCUUUUCAUUAUAGACAUCAUCACUAUAAUCAUUUUCUCUCCACAUCUCACUUUUCUCUCUCUCUCUCUCUCUCUCUUUUCAUUAUAGACAUCAUCACUAUAAUCAUUUUCUCUCCACAUCUCUCCUUUUUCUCUCUCUUUCAUUAUAGACAUCAUCACUAUAAUCAUUUUUCUUUCCACUAUUCUCUCACUCUCUCUCUCAUUAUAGACAUCACUAUAAUUAUUUUCUCUCCACCAGUCUCUCUCUCUUUCUCUCUCUAA